AUGGAGUUAUCCUUUCGUGGUAGGAAGUCAUAUGCCUCUCAAAAUGUAAUGGCUGCCGUAGAUUUUGAUCUCUGGUUCACCUAUGUAUUAGCUGGUUGGGAGGGGACAACACAUGAUGCACUAGUAUUACGAGAUGCUUUGGAGCGUGAGAAUGGACUUCGAGUGCCACAAGGGAAAUUCUACCUAGUUGAUGCCGGAUAUGGAGCAAAACUAGAAUUCUUGCCCCCUUUUCGUGGUGUUCGUUACCACUUGAAUGAGUGGGGGAAUAAUCCUGUACAAAAGGAGAAGGAGCUAUGCAACCUUAGGCACUCAUCUCUUUGUAUCACAGUAGAGCGUGCAUUUGGGUGUCUAAAGAGAAGAUUCAAAAUUCUAGAUGAUGCCUCUCCUUUCUUUCCUUUCCCGACUCAAGUAGACAUUGUUGUUGCUUGCUGCAUCAUUCACAAUUGGAUCAUACAAGAUGGAAUUGAUCAAUUCUUCAUGGAAGAAAAUAAUUUGCCAAGUUAUAACCAUGCUACAACAUACAGUGGACAAGCAAGUGAGCAUACCGAGAUGGUUAAUUUCAGGCAAAGCAUUGCUAAUCAGAUGUGGGCAGACCGUCAAAACAACAAUAUUAAUUAG